UGAUCGUCGGUGGUCCUGUUGGCUAUGAGGCCAGAGCGUCUCCACAGGUGAUUGAGGAGAAGAACAUCUCAUCCAGGGUCGCUGAAUUCGUUUGAGCCCGAAGUAUAAUACCACAUUGACGCAUGGGUGCCGCUGAGCGGGAAUCAGCUUGCGGUGAUGGGCUUAAAUGAGAUUCGUUGGUGACAGACGGUCGGAACUUCUGGGUUACAAUCAGAACGAAUCCGAAUCUGCGUCGGAACAUCAGACAUUCUGCAAUCUCCCCCGAAUAUCAAUUCGAGACGCCUGCUGCGAGAUGGGUACUUGGAGUGACUUGCGUGAGGGUCGUUUUCUCGACGGAGACUGCCAGAGUGAUCCGAUAGCUCCGAAAUGGCUCGUUCAGCGAAAAUACAAGAGAGGACAACAGCUGCUAAACGAGAAUGUUUUCGCGGUCAUGUUCUGUCACUUGGGCGGGCUCGUGAUGCUCGUGAAUAUUUCAUCUAUAUACUAUCCUUUGGAGAAAACAGGGAAUUCCACAACGCUCGUCUCCGCCUUCCAACGAUACCUCCAUACACUGACGCAUGUCCUGAGCUGGUACGAGACAGACGUUUUCGAAGAAUCCUCUGAAGGUUUCAAGAGCUUGAAACACGUACGCAGACUACAUCGGAAAGCCGCCAGUAUGAUGACACUUCAUCGAGCUCCGCUGCGCGAGGGAGAGAAGUGGAUCUCACAAUACGACAUGGCCCUGACUCAGUUCGCGUUCAUCGGCAUGAUGAUCAUUCAUCCCGAAGUUCUCGGGUUCUCUCAUCUUUCCGAAGAGGAUCGCUUAGCGAUCUGCCAUUUCUGGCGCUGUAUCGGACACCUGCUCGGGAUAAGUGACCAGUACAAUUUGUUCGACUCCGAGGACCUUCACGUCAUAGAAAAGAUCUGUCGCAGCAUUGAAGCAGAAGUCUUCAUCCCGAGCUUGACUGCGAACUGGCGGGAGGGACACCGCAUGGGCAAGACGAUCAUGGAGUCGUCGACGAAGAAUAUCAUUCACUUCAUGACCUACAACGGGAUCAUGAAAUAUUGGAGUGAAGUGGUCGCAAUCCGAUUCAUGGUCCCAAUGACAUGCACGGAUUGGUUCUACUUUUACCUGAUAAAAGCGACUCUGAAGACCAGACUGCUCGGAAUACAGUGCAUCAGAAGAUCUUUCAAUCAGCUCUUACACCAUGCAAUCGGGAAGGCUCCUAAACGUGCAACGAGCGUUUACAAAACACUUUGCAUCAGAGACAACCAAGGUGGAGUCCAAAUCAAGGGCUGUCCUUUCGCUGCCGCCAUUUGUUGACCUAAGCUAAUCGAACAGAUGCGAUCAUUUGAUAUUGCGAGGGAUAUCAGAAAUCCUCCCCCUUCUUCCAUCUGUACACUGCAUCGCGCACUCAAGCUGCGGUUCUGCUGCAUUAUUACUCGUCAGGAACGGAAGCUCCGGGUAUCAGUCUCAUUGUCAGAGGAGGUUCUGCUGCCCGAGAACAUUUAAACGAUAGAUCGAU